ACGGAAGUCGUCCCGGGGCGAGCCCCCGCCGCGUCCGCGGUCACUUGCCAUGGCGAUGGGCAGCGGCGGUGCAGGCUCGGAGCAGGAGGACGCGGUGCUGUUCCGACGUGGCACCGGCCAGAGUGAUGAUUCUGACAUUUGGGAUGCUACAGCAUUGAUAAAAGCUUAUGAUAAAGCUGUGGCUUCCUUUAAGCAUGCUCUAAAGAAUGGUGAUGUUUGUGAAACUUCAGAUAAGCCAAAAGGCACAGCCAGAAGAAAACCUGCUAAGAAAAAUAAAAACCAAAAGAAGAAUACCAUGCCUCCCUUGAAACAGUGGAAAGUUGGUGACAAGUGUUCUGCCAUUUGGUCAGAAGACGGCUAUGUUUACCCAGCUACCAUCACUUCCAUUGAUUUUAAGAGGGAAACCUGUGUUGUGGUUUAUACUGGAUAUGGAAACAGAGAGGAGCAAAAUCUGUCUGAUCUCCUUUCCCCAACCUGUGAAGUAGCUAAUCAUGCAGAACAGAGCACUCAGGAGAAUGAAAGUCAAGCUUCAACAGACGACAGUGAGAACUCCUCCAGAUCUCUCGGAAGUAAACCACACAGCAAGUCCAAAGCUGCUCCUUGGAACUCGUUUCUCCCUCCACUACCUCCAAUGCCAGGGUUAGGAUUGGGACCAGGAAAGCCAGGCCUGAGAUUCAAUGGCCCACCUCCCCCUCCCCCCUUCCUGCCAUGUUGGAUGCCUCCGUUCCCUUCAGGACCACCAAUAAUCCCUCCACCCCCUCCCAUAUCUCCAGAUUGUCUGGAUGACACUGAUGCCCUGGGAAGUAUGUUGAUCUCAUGGUACAUGAGUGGCUACCACACUGGCUAUUACAUGAGAGCUGCCUGCCGCACCCUAGAGAUGGCGCUGGCUUCCGCCUUCCACCUUCCCAGUGGGUUUCAGACAAAAUAAGAAAGAAGGAAAGCGCUCACAUGCAAAUUAAGCAGUGCAGCUCUCUGCCAAGGAGAUGGCAUGUUAGUGUUCCUGGUCGAUAUGAACGGAAGUCUCAUUGUCAUCUUGUGGACUCUUGGCUGAGUGGCGUCAUCAUCACCAGCGUUUUCCCGUUCUGGCUCCAGGCCUAACUCACCAUGGGUGUGUUUAGAGCACGAUCACUUUGAGGAACAGAAUGGUGGAACUGUGAGCACAUGGAGUCAGUCUGCCAAAACUGUGACUGAGCACACUUGUAGAAUUGCAACUUCCUUAGUGUGUCAAGAUUUUUAUUAAUGCCUUUACCAACAAAUAAAAGUCCUUUUUCGAAA